AGAGCGUGAAAAUACUGAAAUUAGUAAUAUCGACAAAACUAGAAGCGAGAGAGAAAAUGGCGGAAUCGUUGGUGGAAACUCGAAUCCCACAGCAGAAGCACUACGAAUCGAAGCCUUUCCCGGCGGUGAUCUCGCCGUCGUCGUCACCGGCGAUUCCGAUUCCUGCUCUGUCUCCCCUACUAUUCACUCAGACUAUCAAGACCCACAAACCCUAUCUCGAUUCCCUCUUGCACGAAUCCGGAGCCGUGCUCUUCAGAGGGUUUCCGGUGUAUUCCGCCGACGAAUUCAACGACUUCGUCGAGGCUUUCGGUUUCGAUGAGCUUCCUUACGUCGGUGGCGCCGCGCCUCGCAGUAGCGUCGUCGGUCGUGUCUUCACCGCCAACGAGUCUCCUCCUGAUCAAAAAAUCCCCUUUCACCACGAGAUGGCUCAGGUUCCUGAGUUUCCAUCAAAGUUGUUCUUCUACUGUGAGAUUGAGCCUAAGUCUGGAGGAGAGACACCAAUUGUGCUGAGUCAUGUUGUGUACGAGAGAAUGAAAGAAAAACAUCCAGAGUUUGUUCAGAGAUUGGAGGAACAUGGUUUGCUCUAUGUUAGAGUCUUAGGGGAAGAUGAUGAUCCAUCUUCACCAAUUGGCCGUGGCUGGAAAUCCACAUUCUUGACCCAAGAUAAGAACGUUGCUGAAGAAAGGGCAGCUAAAUUGGGAAUGAAACUGGAAUGGACCGAGGAAGGAGCCAAAACAAUCAUGGGUCCGAUUCCGGCUAUCAAGUACGACGAGUCGAGAAACCGCAAAGUGUGGUUCAACAGCAUGGUAGCUGCUUACACGGGCUGGGAGGAUAAGCGGAACGAUCCAAGAAAGGCCGUGACUUUUGGAGAUGGGAAGCCUUUACCAGAGGAUAUAGUCCACGACUGUCUCAGAAUACUCGAAGAGGAAUGUGUUGCUGUACCAUGGCAGAGAGGAGAUGUUCUGCUUAUAGAUAACUGGGCGGUUCUUCACUCACGAAGACCGUUUGAUCCUCCACGCAGAGUUCUUGCAUCACUCUGCAAGUAGAGUAUGUCGUUUGUCUUAUUCCACGCGCAAUCAAAGCUUUUGGAUUUCGGAUUUAGAGCAACUUUUGUGUACAUAUUGGCAAUACAACACAUUUUGGGUAUAGUAACCCAUUGCUUUUAUUCAAAAGACUUUUAAUUA